GUACCUGAGUCAACGUCAAUUCUCUUCUUUCGCAUGCCAUGGUGGGAAAAGGCCAGACUCCGAAGCAGCAUGUGAAUUUCGUCAAAAAUAAAUGAACUCCCCCCACUCAAUUAUUGGUUAAAUGCUCCACUGACUGUGGCUCUGAUUUGAUUUGGUUUGUAUAAAAGCACCAAAAAAAAGGUCAACCAAGGAAUCAAAACCAGUAUUUCUCUGCUUUAAAAGUCCCUCUCAUACUCAAACCAACUCCUCUUCAUUCAGCAACCGGUUCAACUUGUUGAUCAACACAACACCAUGGAAAACUUGUUGGGUCUUGUCAGAAUUCACGUCCAAAGAGGCAUCAAUCUUGCCGUCAGAGAUUGCACAAGCAGCGAUCCUUAUGUUGUUGUCCGAAUGGGCAAACAGAAAUUAAAGACUCGUGUAGUGAAUAAAGAUAUCAAUCCCGAGUGGAAUGAAGAUUUAACUCUUUCCAUUGCAGAUCCUAAUCUUCCAAUUAAGCUUUCAGUUUAUGACAAGGACACAUUCACCCUUGAUGACAAAAUGGGAGAUGCAGAGAUUGACAUCAAACCAUUCCUUGAAGCAGUAAAGAUGCGGUUGGGAAAUGUCCCUAAUGGAACCAUCAUCACAAGAGUAAUACCGAACCGAGAGAACUGCUUGGCAGAAGAGAGCCGCAUUGUCUGGACGGAAGGCAAGGUUGUCCAGAACAUGUUCCUUAAACUGCAAAAUGUCGAGAGUGGCGAGAUUGAACUCCAGCUGCAGUGGAUAGAUGUUCCUGGUUCUAGGGGUUUGUAAAUCGAUCUAAUAUCAACUGUCUGUUUAUUGCUAAGCAUGGUAUGGUAUGCAGACAGGUUUGGUGUGUUUCUCUUGCAGUUUAUUUUGUUCAGAGACAUGUAAAAUAGAGUAGCGUUUUGUAUUUAAUUAGCCUCUGUAUUGAUGUCAAUCAUACAAGUGUUAAACAAACAGGCUGGAUCAGUUUGGUGCUUGGGAAAAUUUAAUAAAUGAAUACUUAUGUGGGUGAUCUUACAA